CUUUCUUUUUUUUUCUUUCUUUCUUUCUUUUUAGUGCAUGUCUUUCAAGAGAACAAUUACAUGACUAAUCUAAAGGGAAAAGUAGCCAUUGUCACAGGGAGUUGGUUGGGCAGAGGCUUAGAAAUAGCUUGUGCAUUGUCUUUAGCUGGUGCUAAAGUGAUUAUACCCUCUUGUACUCUAGAGAAAUCUAAUUUUGCUCUGGAAUAUAUCACUCAACAAGUGCCUGAUGCAGAUCUGAUACCAAUGCAGUUAGAUCUCUCGAGCCUUGCCUCUAUUCAAUCCUUUGCUUAUGCCUUCCAAUCCCUUCAUCUCCCCCUUCAUAUCCUUAUUAACAAUGCAAGUGUGGUAUCAUGCUUUAAAUCUUACACAAAAGACGAAUUUGAAGCUACAUUUGGUAUCAAUUACCUAGGACAUUUCUAUCUUACCUUGCUUUUGGCUGAUGUACUGAAAAAAAGUGCUCCUGCUCGUAUUGUGAUGGUCAGCUCAAGUGCAAAUCAUUUGUUCUUACCUUCUUCUGGUCUUGAUCUCUGCAAUCUAAAUGCUGAAAAAGGAUACAGUCCUUCGAUUGCUUAUGGACAAUCCAAGUUGGCUAGUAUUUUAUUUGCAAAAGAACUGCAGCGACAAUUUGACAAUGAGGGAGCUGAUAUUACUGUCAUAAGCUUACACCCAGGCAUGGCUAAUUCUAUAGACAUGCCCCAACAUUUUGAUAUUUCCAGAUUAUUAGACUCACUUUGCAAACAUGGAUCCAAAGACAUCUUAAAGGAAACCCUUCAGUCAAGACGAGAUAGAAUGGAUGCCUCCAGUGUUAUUUAUUGCGCUACUUCGUCUGGUAUCAUUAAAGGUGAAUUUUAUUGUCAAAACCAAGUCAAUGCAAAUCUCUUAAACAAACAAGCAAAUGAUCAACGCAUGGCACGCAUGCUUUGGGAAGCCUCAGUAAAAAUGAUUGCCUCAAAAAUGUAUUCCAUUCAAUAAAGUCUUUUUUAUUCAUCCACUGUUAAUACAAUUUUGCCUACAGUGCGAUGAGACAACAGUUUUCUGUGAGCCUUGAAUGCUUCUUUCAAUGGUAAAAUAUUCUCUUUUUCAUCAAUGACCAUACCACGCAAUGCUUUAGAUUCAAAUAAAGGUCCAAUGUCUGUCCUAAAAUCGGCAUGAGGAAGAGAAGUAACUAUUUUGUAUGGAUUGGAUUUGAAUAAUUGCUUUGUGCCAACGUUCCAAACGAUAGAGAAGAUGGUACUGACACCUACAGGCUUAGAGCCAAUAUGUUCCACAGGACCUACAGCAGUAGAGUAGAUACCUUUCUUGUUUAAGAGAGGGGCC